GAGAAGUUUAGGUCUCCUUAAAGUAAUAGGCUUACUUUUGUUUCCUUCUGUUUCAUCGAGUUAUCGAUAGGUCGAAAAGCAACGAAGAAAAUUCCACGCAGCUGUCGAUGCUUUUCCAACAAAGGGGUCCAUUAAAUUGAAUGAAUCCUCUUUGAUUCUUUCAGCCCUCAGAGCUUUUCGGGUCCUUUGAUUUAGCUGAGAUAAGAAUGAGAACCCUCAGCAGAGCGAGAAUUCUCUGAGCGUUCUCAUCAUCACUUUAGUACUGAAAUUGAAUGUUUUCACUCAUAGUUUCCUCAUUAUUUAUUGCAAUGUUUUUCACUAAUAAAAGUAAAUAAUCGACUGCGAGCAUUGGAAAGGAAACAAGCUGAUGUUGAUGCGAAUAAAACUUUUACACACCGUUCUCUUCCUUCGCUCGUCGAAGUUUCGAGCAACUUUUUACGAUUCGUGCAUUUUUCCGAUAAAACGAAGAUUGAAAUGCGAUAGCGAAUAGUCGGAAGUCCAAUUUCCACCGAGCCUCUCUCCCAACAUUUUUAAUGAUACAUUUCAUUAGGUAGAGAAAAGCUUUUCGUAAUGAACGAAAGCCUUAUGCCAGUUAGGAGACGAACAUAAAAAUAUUCUCUGAAACACAUAAUUAUACGCAUAUUUAUUUUAAGAUGGCUGUUUGUUACAUCGCUAUUAUUGUCUACGAAUAAAUGUAUUUUAACAUGAUUUCAUGAUGAUGCAAAAGAAUAAUCGUGAUUGAAAUUUAACUACUUUUUCAAAUGUUUACUAAUUACGACAUCAAAGUGCGUUGUUCAAAGUUGAAUUUCUAUUACGUUUACUCGAAGGAAGUAAUAAAUUAUAAACAUUGUUGUAGUAAGAAAUUGUAUAUUUUCCACAAUUUAUUUAUUGCCACCGCGGUGUGUUAUCUAAGCAAAAAGAGAUUCUCGUCACGAGACUAUAAAAGCUACACUAAAUUAACGCGGAGUAUAGAAACGAUGAAAAAAGAAAAUGAGAUUGAUCGACAGAAAAAAAUGGACCGAGAUAAAAGCUACGAAAAAAAACGUGUAUGUGUCUUUUGCAGGUCGGCCAGGCCCUUGCCAUGCGAUGUCGUUGCAGAGCCCCAGACUUCGACACUACAGUUUCUCUACCCAUCUCGGAGUUCUCUGCAUCCACACGCUUACGGAAUGACCGCGUCGGCUAUCUUGUGCGCCUUAUUGCGAGCAUAAUUAUCAUACAUCUACGCUCUGUACUUUAACAAACGUUCGUUCAUACUAUCGUAAACGUUUGUACUCAUUAUUUCCUGUAUCAAUUUAACGAUGUACUGGCACCUCAAUCGCCUUUAUGGCGAUCAGCACUCCAACAGAGUAUAAAUACCAACAUUUUGUUCAGCACAGUAAUUUCAUUUUUCUUCCUCUUCAGAAAUCCAGAAUGUUGUUCUAUCGGUCGAUUUUGAAGUUGCACGCUUCGAUCGUAGUCCUUCGCACGAAACACGAGCACGAUAGACUUUUCAAUCAUCCGUUACGAUCUCCGAAAUAUUAACCAAAAGGUCGUGAUCUCGGUGAAAGUGCCACUGAAUAUAUUUCCGGAUUUUAUUCCACUUCCUUCCUCAAUGCCAGUACGUCUUCAAGUUUUUUUUUCCUGUUAACAUUAUUUGAGAAUGCACAUUUUUAUUACAAUUGAGUUAUUCGAAUGUGUUUUUUUUUCUACUUUACCAUGUUUCACCACCCUGAAUAGUGUAGUUUCAACGCCGUUUUGUCACUUGAAUUCAAUAACGGGAAUUGAAUGCGAUUAAUGAGAAUUCGAAGAUAAAAGUUGAACGUACGAAAACUGUUAUAUUUAAAAAAUGUAUCGAAACUACAUUAUCGACAGAGUUUACGUUCGAACACGCUCUAUUUGCAUGGCUUGAAAUCACGCAGUAUGUUUCUCAGUAUUUUCUUCAAACAUGCACCCCACUUCACUCUCGUUUUACUGCUACAAAUUCAAAUUGGGAAUAAUGAUACUGAAUCCCUGUUAGUGAUAAAAAGGGUUUGCGAGGUUCCUUUUGAAAGUAAGAAGGCGUGGGCGAAAAUCGUCGGAUGAAAGACGUGAGGAGGGUGAAUUAGAAAAUGGUAUGUGACAGAAGAUUGUUCGUUUCAGAACUAUGACGGCCAUAUGCUUCGUGUGCAACCUGCCGAUCCUGAGCCACCAGGUGGGCUUGGUAUGGCAGGGUGGGAAUGGCUGGGACGACCUCGUGCGGGAACAGCUCGAGGAGUCAACGCUGAAGCAGCGACUCGGUAAUAAUCGUUGGACCCCAUCAGGAACCGGAAGAAGAGAUUCCUCGGCUCAAAUAGACUCGAUUUCUCCUCCGAACGAAGCAACGGAACCAUCUCCGACGAACCAAGGUCGUCGUCGAUCGAGUCUGGCCCAAUUGAGUGACUUGGUGAGAGAAUGGAGCGGCAGUGGCAUUUCCGGAAAAUCGGGAAGAGCGGGGAAACUCUCUCGGCGAGAAACCUUCGCCGAUAUCACCAAAUCAUUCCCAUGGUCGAGACAAUCGGCCAUGGCGAGCCUGAAGAAACGACGCGAGAGCUCGGUCGACAGUGGCAUCAGGAGUCAGGUUUCAACAAAGUCGCGAAGGGACUCCGCUAUAAGCGAGUUCAAAAACGAUCUCGUCAAGCUAUGGAAACGAGAGAGUCCGCAACCUCAGCCACCACCAACAGUCAUAACAUCGACUCCGAGAAGAGUGUUUACCCACCAUGUUUUAGGAUCUGGCGAGUCAAGAUACUCCCGUCGAGGUUCCGGCGAAAGCGCCAAGUCUCGUAGGGAUUCAGUAGUCGGUGGUCAACCGCCGAGUUCUGGUGAGAGGAUACACAGGUGCAGUCAUCAUCGACGCAGACAAUCACAAGCAUCGGUUGAUGGUGGCGGUGCCGUAACGCCGACCAAGUAUUACCGGAGUGAUCAGAGACCCAGUGCUUCGAGUACCGACAGCGCAGGAUCCUGUGCAGUCAGGGAACACAUGGAAGCUCAGCAGAAAAACCAUGUCGAUACGAGGCAAGAGAGCAAGACCCAACAGAGUUCGUCAACACUGACGGUUGACCAAAAGUCGACGUCGGGCGAGGCGACCAAGUUUCUCACCCUCGAACCCUCGAUACACUCGAUAAAUCCACCAACGAUUGUCAUGUCCUCGGUGACGCCGCCGACCGUUUCACCGAUCGCUGGCAACAGUCUUCCUCUCCCCGGCACCUCAACUUCCGGUAGUUCCAGUCCUGUUGGUACGCCGAACAUCAGCAACACUCCGACCCAUCCGUUGAUCGCCACUCGGAGAGAUUCCACGACGCAGUGUUACUACGGCAAAGCAAAAGAAAUUUCACCGAACAAACUAUCGAGAUUAACGCGGCAAGCGGCGACGAUAGACGAGUCACUGCCACCCUCGGGACGACGAGGUAGUCAGCCAACAUUGUCGCCGGAUCCGGAUGACGGAGGUCGUAAGGCAAGAAGAGACUCGCUGAGUCCAGACUCGGCGUCUUACCCAAGACGCCGCGACUCCAGAACUCAUUUAAGUCCAGACCGAAACACCGGCGAAAAACGGGAUCACAGUCCUAUAAGACAGAGGCGGCAGUCUCGGCUAAGAAGGCAAUCAACUUCCAUAGUUGGACGACCGCCGAGGUCGCCGGACAGCUCGACAUGCUCUUCCAGGGAGCCCAGCCCUUGCGCACGGGCACCAGGAUCCAUCCAACAAGCACCUGCGAUAAGAAGACAAUCAACGACCGAAGAAAUCCUCAUUGCACGCGGAUUCAGACGACAAAGUACUACGGAAGAGAUGAUGAGAUGUCGGAAUUUCCGAAGACAAAGCUCACAAAGCGACGACACGGUCCAAAGGUACAGGGGACGAAGAGACAGUUCGGCGCAGAUAACGGACGGUACAUUCGCUUCAAUGACAGUGGAAACAUCGAGUACCUUCUUUGACAGCAGCACACAAACUGAACCUUCGCCGCUCUACGAUAACAACCACUACCACGAAGAGUGCCUGAAAUGUAACAACUGCACCCUCAAUCUGACGGGACCGAAUCAAAAAAGGGCGAGACGAUUCAAGAAUCAGAUACUGUGCGAUCUGCAUUUCGCGGACGUGGCGCUGAUGGAGUGCUCGGACUUCAUGCAGCAGUUGCGCAGCUUCAAGCCACAAAGUUUAGGCUGCGCAGUUGCGAGGAGAAAGUCCUCGACGACUCUAAUAUUCCCUCUUCCACCUCAGGCAUGUUCAGAUGAAUUUUGCCACGAGUUUCCCCACAAAUUAAUGCCAACGCCAGGAUAUUGGAUCGAGUGUUCUCGACAGCAAAUAACUUCUGAUACGAUAUGGGACGAGAGCGAGAGCGAUCGUGAAGUUACAGACCCGGAGCAAGCCGACGAGCUCCAGGAAAUGCAUAUGAUGAAGCAACGAAACGAUUUUUGCCUCUUCGAGGAGAACGAAGUCGACACCGAUGAAGUACCGAGGAAAAAGACCGUAAUCGAGGAACAGUGGGAGAACAAUCAGGGCUUUGAACUCACCUCCGUCGAGCAAGAAACUUAUGAAAAGUAUUUUUACGGCACGGAACAUUGGAAUUAUUUCACUAAUGACGAGGAUCUUGGUCCCGUUAUUUUGAGCAUUAAACAACAACCGAUCAACGGCAGAGACCAAUUUAGAAUUCUCGUCAGAGCCAUCAGCUACACGGUCCAUGGACUCAUUCCUGCCAGCUGCGUUUUUGCCGAUCGUUACAACCGGGAAGACGUGGUGCGAAGUUUGGGCAAAGAGGUGAAUUUGAAUCCACCGUUGACCCUCGGUCAGUUGCCCGACACGCCCGAAGAACUGCUCAAACUUGAUCAGGUUUUCAUUAAAUCGGAACUCAAAGUGGGCGUCAUUUAUGUACGAGAGGGACAAUACACGGAAGAAGAAAUACUCGAUAACAACGAAGGCACGCCAUUGUUCGAGGAGUUUUUACAGAUACUCGGCGACAAAGUGAGGCUCAAGGGUUUCGACAAGUACAAAGGCGGACUCGACACCGUUCACGACCUCACGGGACUCUAUUCUGUUUACACUAACUGGCGAGGAAUUGAAAUUAUGUUUCAUGUCUCAACUCUAUUGCCUUACGAGAAACACGAUUCUCAAAAACUGCAAAGAAAGCGACACAUUGGUAACGAUAUCGUGUGCGUUGUAUUUCUCGAAGCUGACAACACGAGUUUCAAUCCUGCCUGUAUAAAAUCUCACUUCCUUCAUACAUUCAUACUCGUACGAGUGAGUUCGAAGAUAAAGAGAAAAUUGACGAGAUACGAAAUUUCUGUGGUGACGAGAGACGAAGUGGGCGCCUACAAACCCUAUUUGUGGGAACAGAGUGUCUUCGAAAAAGGUCCCAUGUUUCGGGAAUGGAUACUAACGAAAAUCGUAAAUGGGGAACGUGCCAGCUAUUCCGCCCCGAAAUUCGCGAGGAUGCAGGAAAGAACGAGAAGCCAGAUGCUCGAAGAUAUCGUCGCGAAUUUGGCUAAUCACGCAGAAACUGGACAAAUUCCUAAACCUUAUAGACGAGGUUCGUGGAGACCGAUAGGCCACAUGAGGCCAUCGUCUCCUCUCCUGGAUUCUGUGAGAGAUCAGUUCGAGGAUUACGAUCAACUCGCCAAAGACUUCACCGGAGUGUUUCUCAACAAUUCCGAGAAUAUCGAAGCCCACGCGAGUCUCUUCGACGUCUCGUUUUUGGUGCCGGGGCAACAAAAACAAAAAGUUCGAUUUAUCGGUGUCAGAGCUAUCCUCGGAGUCAGGAGCAGAGUCUUUCAAGAAAUGUUGUACGGGAUACAAACAGGUUUUGGAAGUCCUCAAGUUCCAGUCGCCGAUUUAUUAGCGAGACCAGCGCCAACCCUCUUGAGCCCGCAAAGGCCGAAGAGUUCUAAUUUUCUGCAAGUUCCUGAAGUCGAAAGUCCUAGGCCCAAAAGUGUGCCCUCGUCGCCCAUGGUGAAACGUGCUUUUUCGAGGCUCGGAACGAUCACGGCUGGCUGGGGACGCAGUAUCAGAAAACAUGGAAGUACUUUGCACAGCGACGAUAGGAAACGUUGGGUCAGCUCUCAAGAUUGCAGCAACAAAGAUUCGAAAGAGAAGGACAAAGCAAAUCAAUCGUUGGCGGUGCCGAGACUGAGCGUUUGCGCUGAUGCUCAAAAAAUCGAUCGGGCCAAACUCGACCAAACCGAGUUCGACAUUAUCGAGUUCGAUCCAGAGACCUUUAGAAUUCUGUUGGAUUAUUUACACACUGGUUCGUGUCCACUGACCUGCAGCAAUAUUCCGGGUUUGAUAUGUGCAGCGGAGCAUUACGAUCUUCCGGAGUUACUUCAGGCGUGUUUUCAUCACGCGAAACAAUUUUUGCGUAUAGAAAUUGUUUGUGUCAUGUUAUGCGCGUUGGAAAAUUAUUACUGGCGUUACACAUCAGCGACCGAGCUCGUCAACAUGAUUCUCGCGUUCGUUGAGACACGAGCGUAUCAAUUGUUCCAAAGUCCCGAUUUUCUUACACUCAGCGAAUCCAUGGUCCAGUCGAUAAUGUGUCGGAGUCUCGAGGUCGGUGAAAUCAGGAAAUUCGAAGCCAUGCUCAACUGGGCAAGACAUCGAAUUAAAACGAAGUCGUCCAAACUCGAUGCCAAACAAGAAUUCAAGUGUAUCAUGGAGCGGCUCAGCAGAGACCUGAAACUUUACAGCAUCACGCCUCAGGAACUAAUCAGAAUCGUACUGCCCUCAAAAGCGAUUGAGAACGAGAGAAUUCUGGAGACACUGACACAGCAGGCGAACACAGGGAUAUACAGAAACGUCGAUUCGUAUCUGGAGGACUAUAGAAAAAGAAUACAGAAUCAAGAGAGUUUCGACUUUACGUAAAAGCUCUAUAAGGAAGAAAUAAAAAUAGUAAUUUUCUCAUCAGGCUUGUUUGAGAACGAAAAUGAAAAGGCUCUGAGCCCAAAUAAUGGAAAAACUGUAAGAAUUUUGAAAGACGAGAGUCUGGCAAAUUAACGACUCAAUAGACGAUAAAUUAGGCGAAAAAGCGCUGGCGCUGAAAAAUCUAUUCCCAUACAUUUACCAAACCCGAUGCAACGAGUGAGAAAAUAGAGAAUCUAUAAAAAAAAAUCGAGGGAAUAUAAAAUCCUACGAACUUCUGCGAAACUAUUAUUUCGCUAACAGUUUAACCGAAGCAAAGUGAGUUUUCAGUUAAUUUAUUAAGGUAUAAAAAUGCGAAAAAUCGCCUCGUAAAACGUUUGAAAUUGGACAAAAUUUCCCCCACACGAAAACCUCCGAUGUAAAUUUUGGCGUCGAAAUAAUUUUUCAAUUAAAAAUAAUCUCCAAGUUACCGUGGUAUUCGCGAACAUCCAACUGAAUUUAUAUGAAACAGCAAUAAUUUAAGAAUUUCGUGAAUGUGAUUCGCGAUUUCUCACCUUUCGUUGGACGCAAUUUUAGAAAACCAAUCGAUCAAACUGGUUUUCCGAUUAUUUUUCCAAACGAGCUGCAUUUUGUAUGUUGUCCGAUUCACUUCGAUCGAUGGAGCAAGAAAAAAGAGCACCAAUCGAAAAAUCCUUCGUUCAAUUAACUCAAAGAGCUCUGAGCCAGUGUCAAAAAACUUAAAUUCAACGUCAUCACGAAAAAUCAUUUUUCUUUGUCACAUCGAUAUCUUCAAAUGCGAAUAACAAAGGAAAAUAGUGAAACGGAGUUUCGCGAUAUUGGAAUUAGCAUUUUAUCAUUCCAGAAGCCACCGGCAUAUAACGCUACGCGUGUAAACAUAUAAAUUGCAAUUACAUUCAACUAAAGUCCUGGACAAUGCACUUUCCUGUACAUAUAGUUAUACACGGAGGAGAAACAAACGCCGGUUGUUUGCUGACCUCGUUGUCGAUGUUAUCCCGUGGGUUCGUUGUCACCUUUAUCGCUGGCGAAAACGAGGUCGAACCUACCCCUACGAGCCUGUAAACUCUCCUACGUCUUCAAUAUACAUAUAAAUGUAUGUAUAUAACCGUAUAAAAAGGUACGAGAAUGUGUGCGUGCGGUGCUCCAAUAUCAACAGCGACAACCAUUAAUUACUAUUACGUCCCCGACUCGCCCCCUGAGCUCGUUCGUUAAGUUAACAAAUAUUUACACACGAGCCACCUCGUGACAUCGUGUGUUACUCGUCGUUAUAAGAGACUCGCCAGGUCUUCGAGCCUGGCGAGCGUGCUGAAUUCCUUUUUCUUAUCUCUCUUAUCUCGAGGUAGGAGCGUCAUUUAUUGGAAUAAUUCAAUAUACGAAUGUCACCAGCCCUUUUCUCAGCUGGAAAUCCGAAUUGGAAAUCUUCGAGCUGGACGAAUUGAAAAUCCGUGCAAAUUUCCGACGGAUGCUCCGAGAAAUCUUAGUGCGAUGCUCGACAAAUUGUGGCAAAUGCUUUCCGUUGGUUAGCCAAUUUAAAAACUGGCAGCGAAUCGAACCUUCGGGGCAAUCAUCAAUUUUCCUUUGCCUCGGGUCAGUCAAACCGUGGAGAUUGUACAUUCGAGAAAAUGGAAAACUUUUUCCCUCCUUGUCGGUGAAUAAACUGAGAGGCUUCCCGUUCCGGCCUUUCCUAAGGCGAGUUUCCUGUUUAGAAAUGCAAACGAACGUAAAUUAUGAAUGAGUGCCAAAACCUCUUAGUCUGCAGGAAUAAAUAAUUCGCUUAAAUCCCAACUCCCCAGGUACAGAGUGAUGAAAAAUUAUCAUUAAUUCUUCACUGAAUUAAAACAAAACGAAAGAGUUCAAUUCCCAGAGAAGAAAAUGGGAAUUCACGUCCGAAAACCCCAAAGAGUCCACCCUCGUUUUUCAAGUGUCAAAAUUUCUCAUUUUCAAUUUUUCUCCCGUGACGUAAGAAAAUUUCGACAAAUUGUUUAUCUCACAGUCUCGCGAUCUCUGAAUCUAAAAUUCGAAGGGAUCCAAGCGUAAAUGAGGAAAAGUUCAGACUGCAUGAAAGAAAUCGAAAGCGCGAAAGUAAAAAUUUAGCAGAUUUGUGAGGGAACAAGAUUCGAAAUUUGGCGCGUCGAUUGCUGUGCAAGCGGAGAAAGUUUUUCGAGCAGUUAUCAAAGGAUUCUCGCGUCUCGUUGGAUUCUCUCUAAGAAGAGAAUUCGAAUGUAAAUAGAAACAAAAAACCUUGGACAUCUGUACACGCACACGCAAGCAGUACGUAAAAUAAAAAAUCGUUUUAAGUUGAAUAACGAAGAGAUAUCGAAAUGUUCGAACGAAAAAAAAGCUCAAGCGCUUAACCGGAAGCCAUGAACGAAAUAAAAUUUUAAUAAAGAUAAGAGAACGUAGAAGGGAGUGAGGAGAGAAAAGGGCGUUUUUUCGUCCUCGUAAACGAGACUUGGGAGGUCGAGUCUCGAGAUUAUCUCGAAGAUAUCGAUCAUUGAAAAAUAAUGUUAUUUUCAAAUCGUCUGAGAUUUCGAGAGCAAGGAAGGGGAGAGCAAAAGUAUGACGAGAAGGGAAAUGAAGCGUCCCGUAAAAGCUGAACAUGACAAUCUGUAAUAUAAAGAUUAAAAAUUUACUAAUAGUACGACGAGGAAGAAAAAUUAAGUAGAAACAAACAAAAUUUCGGACAUUUUAUCGUGUCGGGGCUCGAGUUCAACGAGCAAAAAAACGAAGCCAAGACGAUUUUAAAACGAUUGAAUAAAACGAUGUAACGAUUGUAGAUACUAAAUGAAUAUAUACACGAAUAUAAAUAUGAUAACGCAAAUACUAGAGAUGCGAAUCGUAUGUCAUUGAUAUUGAAGGUGUGGUGAAAAGAGAAAAAAAGUAGAAAAAGAACACACGGAAAAAGAAAAAAAAAGGGUGAAACGUAGUAUUCGAAAUCCUUUCUGUUUUCUAUCGUAGAUUUUGUAUCUUCAAUACUCUAAGACAGAGAUUCUAAAAGAUAAAACAAAAAAGGAGGAUGAGCGAGAGAGAAAGCCCAAGAGUUCCGAGGAAGGAAUAGGAGAGUGAGAAUAAAGCAAAUUUUCGAUAACGCUUUUCUCAGCGUGAAGCAAACGAAACAAAACGGUCGAGACGAAGACAAAAAAACUGUUAAGUAAAGAUCAAACAUAUCGAGAUGAGAUCGGAAACGUUCGAGUGAGAAAUUCGAUUUCUCGUCGACGGAUAGAAAAACGAAAGCAUCGAGGGAGCGAUUAAGGGAAGAAAAGUAUAAAAAUCGUGCGUCAAAGGCCCGAACGCGACUGACGAGAUUUCAAAAAGUUCGAUGUCCCAUUGUACAUUUUCUAGAGUGAGGAGAGACCUCAUUGAGAAAAAAUAUAAACAACUUAAAGAAAAACUCGAAAAUAUUUAUAUACAUGGAAAUAAUUGGUGAAAAAAUAUACAAAAAAAAAAAAAUAAGAAGCAAAAAACAUACUUCGGCAUAUCCACGUUUGUAAUUCGGUGCGAUUUUACGUUUAUUUGAGCUCGAAUUCGCGACGAGCGUCGACUCUACACUUUUCUUGAGGCUUGGCAACAAAUAUAACUCACCAAUAAAACGUCAAACAAAACGUAAUAUUUUGUACGUGAAUUCGAUUUACGUCCAUGUACCGAUUACAAUAAUAAUUCUCAAACGCAUAUUCAUUAAAAACGAUCACACACAUAUAUAUAUAUAUAUAAAUAAAUAAUGAUACUAUUA